AUGCUCCUCCACGCUCCAGGUUCAUCCUAUUUCCUCAUUAUUUGCGAAUUUGCGACACUGCCUCUCAGUAUCAUGGCUGACAUUCAUCUGACAAGCGAUCCGAUCACUGUGGAUCAGAUCGAAGCAAUUGCUCGGAGCAAGCUUCAACGCAAUGUUUAUGAAUACUAUUCUUGCGGCUCGGAUGACCAGACUGCAGUGGAAAGAAACCGGACGGAUUUCGAUCGUCUUCUGAUUCUACCGCGUGUUCUCCGCGAUGUAUCACGAAUCGAUACCUCUACCAGGCUUUUCAGUCAUCGAUUCCCCAUUCCCAUCGGGAUAGCACCUAGUGCUAUGCAAAGAUUAGCCAGUCCAGAGGGGGAACUGGAUGUGGCACGUGCAGCGGCCUCCAUGGGGCUCAAUAUAACCUUGUCUUCCAAUGCAACCACGUCUCUCGAGGAUGUCAUGGUUGCUCGGCGCCAGGGUGGGGAGACUGCUGCACCAUUUUGGUUCCAGAUCUAUCUUGCUUCGAAUCUCACUCUCAGCGUGCCAAUUAUAAAAAGGGCCGAAGCGGCUGGUUUUGAGGCACUUGUCUUAACAGUAGAUUCGCCGGUCCUCGGUAACCGGAUCAAUGAACGUCUGGCCCCAUUAGUCCUUCCUGAAGGUAUCCAUCUGGCCAAUCUCAAGCAACAGGACACGCAAGGGCCACGAAAGCCAUCCUUUAAUCGGCAGAUCAUGGAUGCACGUACCGCUAAACAGGCGAAAGAUCUCAUGCAAGCAGCUGGUGACACGGCAAACAGUGCUUCAUUAACCUGGGGCUCAACUUUCGAAUUCUUGCGACAGACAACAAGUAUGAAAAUCAUAUUGAAAGGGGUAAUGGCUCCCGAAGAUGCGCAACUCGCCGUCGAGUGUGGUGCCGAUGCCAUUAUCGUAUCAAAUCAUGGUGGUCGUCAACUCGACUGUGUUCCUUCCACCAUCCAAGCACUGCCGGGCAUUGCAGAAGUUGUCAAGGGGAAGAUUCCCAUCAUUCUCGAUGGAGGCAUUCGCCGGGGAAGUGAUGUCUUCAAGGCAUUAGCGCUUGGAGCGGACUUCGUGUUAGUCGGGCGGUCGGCUCUAUGGGGUCUCGCCUUCAACGGCCAAGCAGGCGUGGAGACUGUCAUGAACAUCCUUGAACGAGAAUUAAAUCGCACCAUGGCGCUAGCCGGUGUUGCGCAAUUGCAAAAUAUAUGUUCUUCUUUUCCUACGCCAUUCCGAAGGCGGACGUCUAAGCAAUUUAUGAAUUUCAAAUUCGAUUUGCAAUAUGCUUCAAAUCAAGGCGCCAGUCUGCCUUUAGUAGGAUAG